GGAGGAGGUACAGAAAAAGUGAGAUAGCACAGAGGAAGUGUGAGGGAGAAAAGAAUGAGCAUCUCUCAGAGCUGGCAGGAGACCCAGCAGAAGAGAAUGACUGGUAAGAGUCAGACCAGCAACGUGACCAACAAGAAUGACCCCCGCUCCCUCAACUCCAGAGUCUUCAUCGGCAACCUCAACACAGCCAUUGUCAAGAAGACAGACAUCGAGGUUAUCUUUGCCAAGUAUGGCAAGAUCGUGGGCUGCUCCGUACACAAGGGCUACGCCUUCGUUCAGUACAUGAGCGAGCGCAACGCUCGGGCUGCAGUCGCAGGAGAAAAUGCCAGGAUCAUAGCAGGACAGCCACUGGAUAUAAACAUGGCAGGAGAGCCCAAACCAUAUAGACCCAAAGCGGGCUCCAAACGACCGCUCUCUGCCGUCUACACUGGUUAUGAAUUUGACUAUGACUACUACCGUGAUGACUUCUACAAUCGGCUUUUUGACUAUCACGGCCGGGUGGCCCCGCCUCCACGGGCCGUCAUCCCCCUGAAGCGCUCGCGGGUCGUGGUGCCGUCCACGCGGCGAGGCAAAACGUCCUUCCCCAUCAAAACCUCCACAUCUUCAUCGUCGCGCCCAGCCUCCUCCUCAUCCUCCUUCUCCUCUGGCCUCAAGCUAAAGACGGAUCAGGUCCAGACGAUCAAGCGGGAACUAACUCAGAUCAAGAUGAAGAUCGACUCUCUCCUGGGCCGACUGGAGAAGAUAGAGAAGCAGCAGAGAGCUGAGUCUGAGGCUCAGAGGAAGUAUGAGGAUAACUGUGACUCCCUCCAUGAGGAGUCUAUAUCAGAGACGGCAGAGAACUCGGCCGAGGAGGCGGGGGAAGGGCCACUGGACGCUGAGGCCGGAGAGAUGACUGACGGAGGAGAGGAUGAUUACGACGAAGAGGGCAGCACUGAUCUGAUAGAGAACCAUGUGUCUGACAUAGACAACUGAGGCCAUGUCAAAAGGGAAAUCAGCGCUGCUUUGAACAGUCUCUGGGGGGAAAAGAAGGAAGACAUGGAACUGUAAAAGAGCCAAAAAAACAGAAAAAGAAAAAAAAGAACUCACAACUCCUCUUUCAGAGAGACAAUGCAGCAGGCAUGAUUGGUCCCGGUGAGAGGCAGAGCAGUGUGUUUUCACGGACAAAUCUCUCACCGCCAUUCAGCAUCUGUUGCUCAACAUUUCGCAGGCCUUCAUUUGAAUACCGUGAAAUAUUCAUUCUGUUGAGGUCAGACCCGACACUACUUGUAUGGAUUGAAAAUAAAGAUGAACUACUGAGGCCUGA